UGGUUGCAUUCUGCAGGAUGGAGUCAUGUGUAGAAGUUCACGCAAGUGAGGAAAGUUCUCUGAUCGCCAUUCACUUGGGAGUGGCAAGAAACGAUUCUUUUACACAUGGCUCAAGCAGCUCACUACUUCCGGUCUUUGACCAAGUAUCCUCUGGGUAGCCUAAGAACAUCCGUUCGAAGGCGAGCUAAAGUGAGAAGGCGAAACAUUCCCUACAAGGGUUGUGCGCUGGGCUUGGGACCCGCCACGUAAAAAACAAUACCAAUGAAAACGUUAAAACAGCCUCGGAUGAGAGACCCCCCUUUUGAUGACGACCAUGGCAAACGGAAUAAGGACUACGAUUUAAGGGCAUGCACCUGGAAUGUCCGGACCCUUAAUUGGGAAGGUGCCGCUGCCCAGCUGGUUGAUGUCCUCGCAAAAAUAAAGGCUGACAUCACCGCCGUCCAAGAAAUGCGAUGGACGGGACAAGGACAGAGACGAGUAGGUCCUUGUGACAUUUACUACAGUGGCCAUAUAAAGGAGCGCAAGUUUGGUGUUGGAUUCGUGGUGGGAGAGAGACUCCGUCGCCGAGUACUAUCAUUCACUCCGGUGAAUGAACGUCUAGCCACAAUCCGCAUCAAAGCGAGGUUCUUCAACAUAUCGCUGAUUUGCGCCCACGCCCCGACGGAAGAGAAGGACGAUGUGACCAAAGAUGCCUUCUAUGAGCGCUUGGAGCGCGCUUAUGAGAGCUGCCCCCGCCACGAUGUCAAAAUCGUGCUCGGCGACUUUAACGCCAGGGUGGGCAAAGAAGGUAUAUUUGGCACUACGGUCGGUAAAUUCAGCCUCCACGACGAAACAUCCCCAAAUGGGUUGAGGCUGAUUGACUUCGCCGGGGCCCGAAAUAUGGUUAUCUGUAGUACUAGAUUCCAGCACAAGAAGAUUCAUCAAGCUACCUGGCUGUCUCCGGGUCGAAAAACUACCAACCAGAUCGAUCAUGUUGUGAUAGAUGGAAGACACGUCUCCAGUGUUUUAGAUGUGCGUGCGCUCCGAGGUCCUAACAUCGACUCGGACCACUAUCUUGUUGCAGCUAAGAUUCGCACUCGCCUCUGUGCAGCAAAAAACGCACGCCAACAAACACAAGGAAGGUUCGACGUCGAGAAGCUGCAAUCACAACAGACAGCCGAACGAUUCUCUACUCGGCUUGCACUCCUGCUCUCUGAGAGCACUCGUCAACAACUCGGUAUAAGGGAACUGUGGGACGGCAUUUCAAACUCCUUACGUACAGCUGCAACCGAAACCAUUGGUUUUCGGAAAGUGCAAAAGAACAGCUGGUACGACGAAGAGUGCCGUGUCGCAGCGGAGAGAAAACAGGCUGCCUACCUCGCAACGUUACGAUCGACCACUACACGUGCGGGAUGAGACGCAUUUGCAGACAGAAGAAGAAAGAGGCCGAAAUGCGUGAGUACGAAGAGCUUGAUAAGCUGGCCGACAGGGGUAAUGCUCGAAAAUUCUACGAAAAAAUGCGGCGGCUUACAGAAGGUUUCAAGACCGGAGCAUACUCUUGUAGGACCCCCAAAGGUGAUCUAGUCACUGAUGCCCAGAGCAUACUUAAAUUAUGGAGGGAACACUUCUCCAGCCUGCUGAAUGGCAGUGAACGCACAACACCAGGAGAAGGAGAACCCGAUUCCCCAAUCGAUGACGAUGGAGCAGACGUUCCAUUACCGACCAUGAAGAAGUUCGAAUAGCAAUUGCCCGCCUGAAGAACAACAAAACGGCAGGGGCCGACGGAUUGCCGGCCGAGCUAUUCAAACACGGCGGCGAAGAACUGAUAGGGAGUAUGCAUCAGCUUCUUUGUAAAAUAUGGUCGGACGAAAGCAUGCCCAACGAUUGGAACUUAAGUGUGCUAUGCCCAAUCCAUAAAAAAGGAGACCCCACAAUCUGCCCCAACUACCGUGGGAUUAGCCUCCUCAACAUCGCAUAUAAGGUUCUAUCGAGCGUAUUGUGUGAAAGAUUAAAGCCCACCGUCAACAAACUGAUUGGACCUUAUCGGUGUGGCUUCAGACCUGGAAAAUCAACAACCGACCAGAUAUUCACCAUGCGCCAAAUCUUGGAAAAGACCCGUGAGGGGGGAAUCGACACACACCACCUCUU